AUGUUGGACAACGCGACUCUAGAUCGGCAAGAUGUGUGUGAAUGCAUCGCUCGAGGAGACUUUGAGGAAGUCCGAGGAGCAGCCUUCUACAACCGAACUUCUAUCAUCAGCGAACGAUACUGCAAAAUAGGGGACGGAGUAGACUCGCUUGAAGGCUACCUGCACUCCCUUUGGCACAUUUAUUACCAGCUCGCUCGACACACAUCACAUGAAACGCGUGAUCACGAUCGACUAGUGCUUGACAUCCUUCGAAUCCGAGGGCUGGGACCGCUGACCAGACCUGUAUCUGGACUAUACGGAAUCGACAUCGCGCGAACAGCUGAAGGCACGCUGUGGAAUGACCUACCAUUCUUAGUCACCGAUAUGACCGACAUGUGGAUCAACAGCUGCGCUUCUAUGUCGGGCAUUCAACGUCUCAACUUUACAACCUUCCUGGCCAAACUGGCGUCAGCUCGCGUGUGCAAAGACAAGAUGUGCCAAAUCGCCCUCUUAUUAUUUCGGUGGACCUUUGAGGAAGGUCGAGACCUUCGCACCACGGAGGAACCGGAUGAAGAAGGUGCACAUCGGAGCAUUGCUAGUCUGGAUAUUGCGCAUUUAUUGCCAGCGGCUUGUGCGUGGAUCAAAGAGGCCGGCCACAAUCUCCUUCAACUCUCGGAUGUCUUAUGGAACGAUUGUCCAAGCAUCAUUGGGCAAGGUGGCCGGUUGUUCGUAGAAUCAGAGUUUGGAAAGCGAUCACCGACUGGAUUCACGCCGUGGAGAUGGAUGUAUUGGCUCAAGCGACUCCACGAGAUCCGGGACGAGGCUAAAGAAACCAAUGAGCAACGCCUGGAGGAGUAUGCGACCAACGCAAUAGAUUUCAUGGUCUCUAACGUGAAGGAACGAAGCUCCGAAACCCUAAGAGCAUACCGGAACGGCGGGGACAUCUUGCAUCAGGAUGUACAUCUGUUGUGUCUGCGAGAGGCGUAA